AUGAACCAUCAGAUUCCCCCAUCGGGGCCAGCGGAGCUCGCGGUGGACCCCAAAUACCUCGUUAAGGUGAACUCGUUUAUCUGCCAGUGCCGCCUCGAACUGCUCGGCCCCGACAACAUCGCGCCCGUCUACGCCGUGCAGGUCGCUCCGCCGCGCCACCCCCCUAUCCAACCGCACCAGCACCCUAUCCAAAACCACCAAACCCCUAUCCAACCGCAAAUAGAACCCCAACACACUCCGCUGGUUGGCCCCGCCAGCAUCGCGCCCGUCUACGGCGCGCAGGUAGCUCCGCCGCGCAAUCCAAACCCUGCCGCCAGCGAUCCAUCUGCUCCGCGAUUCGCUCGGCCCGCUACAGACGGCUUCGGGAAUGCCGCGGCUGAUGGCGCGUUGUCCGCCGUUGGAUCGUCAACGAGGCCAGCGGUCAACGAGGCCAGCGAUCAACGUGCUCACUCCGCUGCCACGUCAGCAAUGUCUGCUGCUCCCGUCGAGACAGCUGUCCCUACUGCCGGCGCGGACGCAGCAGCUGCGGGAUCGUCUGUUGCCACGGAACCCUCUUCUGCUCAGGAUCUCAAUGCUGCUGCUACCGCCGUCCGUGUCCCUGCGCCGUCCCUGCUUGCUACCGCUGGCAGUGCUGCUGCGCGCGCUGAGGCGGGGCAACCCGCUCCUCCUGGUGCAGCGAUGGCUGGCGCGCUCCUGCAGCAGCCGCAGGGGCGAGAGGCGGAGGGAGACGCUGGCGCGCAUGGCGGGGGAAGGCGGGGAGGCGGGCGGAGGGGCGGGGGAGGGAGCGGGGGUGGAAGAGGGGGCGGAGGUAAAAAGAGGAGAGGGGGAGGGGGAGGGGCUGGGGGUUCUUCGUCUGGAGGAGGGCGGGGAGGGGGAAGCAGGGGGUACGGGGGAAGGGGAGGAGGGGGUGGGGGAGGCGGAAGGGGAGGCGGGUGGAGGGGGGGAGGGGGGAGAAGAGGGGGAGGGAGCAGGUCGGCGGAUGGGGGAACGGCCCCUGGGGCUUCGAGGGAAGAGGCGGAGGGGUGGGAAGAGUAUGGGGAAGAGGGGGAGGAGGAUGGAGGGGAGUGGAUGGCUGGGGAGGAGGUUGUGGGGGUGGGGGAAGGGGAGGGGGAGGGGGAAGGGGAGGGGGAAGGGGAGGAGGAGCAGAGGGGUGGGUGCAUUGAUGAGCGGGAGGAGGAGGGGAGGGAGGAAGAGGAGAGAGUGAGAGAGGAGAGGAAGCAUGAGCAGGCGAAUACUGAAAGAAUCACUUUGGGAAACGGGGUAGAGGAUGGGAGAGGAGGGUUAAAAGAGGAAGAGGCGGGAGAAGGGGGAGAGGGGGGAGAGGGGGGAGAGGGGGAAGAGUUGCAAGAGGGGGUAGUAGAGAGGGAGGCAGUGGCGGAGCAAAGGCAGGUGAUGGAGGAGGGCAGGGGAGGGGGCGACGUGGAAGAGGAGAGGAAGAGGCGAGGAGAUGAGAGGGUGGUAGACGGAGCAUUGGAAGGGACGGAGAUUGCGGGAGAGGGAGGUUCAGGCAGCGGUGACGGUGAAGCAAGAGAGUGUGUGGCAGGUGAAGCAAGAGAGUGUGUGGCAGGUGAAGCAAGAGAGUGUGUGGCAGGUGAAGCAAGAGAGUGUGAAGCAAGAGAGUGUGUGGCAGGUGAAGCAAGAGAGUGUGUGGCAGGUGAAGCAAGAGAGUGUGUGGCAGGUGAAGCGUGUGGGGCGAAGGAGGAUUCUGGGCCGACUCAUGAGUCACCUGGUGGUGUUGCGUGUAUGGAUGGGGGGUGUGGGGCGACGGAGGAGAGGGAAGAGGGGGAGGAGCGUGAGGUGGGAAAGGAAGGAGGCGGUAGGGAGGAUAUGGCAGGCGAGGCGGGGAGCGGGGAGAAGGAAAGGGAGGACGUGGGGGACAGAGGAGGAGAGGAGCAGGGAAGAGAACAAGAGGAGCAGGAAGGGGAGCAGGAAGGGGGACACGAAGGGGGGCAGGAAGAGGGGCAGGAAGGGGGAGAGGAAGGGGGAGAGGGAAAGGAGCAGGAGGGGACGCAGGAUGACAGGGAGGAGGCGAGUGGGAAAGGAAAGUCACCAAUUGAAACGAGUCGAGGUGCAUUUGCUGCCUCUUGCUCUCCCUCCGCUUUUUCUCUCCCAGAGACUGCUGCACAUGCUUCUCCGCAUCCUGCUGUUGCCUCUGCUCCUGCAGCGAUUCCCGCAGCGAGUGCUGCAACAGAAGGGAUUUCUGGCGUUGCGGAAGGGUGCUGGACGGUGUGCAGCGGCAGAGUGUCCACCCCUGUGGUGCCAGGAGCGCGUGAGGAGCAGGCAAAGCAAUCACACAUAUUGCAAGUGAGCACGCGACACACACAGCCACAAAAAGACUCGUGCGAGCAAGCAGCGGACUGCCUUGUCCCCACCGCCUCAGAGUCGUCUUCCCUCCUCCCACCUUCACCAGCAGCUGCUGCCGCUUCUCCUCCUCCUGCCACCGCCGCUCCCCCCCCUGCCGCGUCUCCUCCUUCCGUCACCCCGCCACUCAUCCCGCCACACACCCCUCAGCCUCCUCGCCCCUCUUCUUCUCCUCUCCUCUCGUCUUCUCCUCGCCUCUCGUCUUCUCCUCGCCUCUCGUCUUCUCCUCGCCUCUCAUCUUCUCCUCGCCUCUCGUCUUCUCCUCGCCUCUCGUCUUCUCCUCUCCUCUCGUCUUCUCCUCUACCCGCAUCCCCAAGCUCCCGCGCGCCUGCAACCCUCCCCACUCGGGAUCUCUCUCCCCAGCCAACCCCCGCCCCCUCACAGGCGUCCCUCCAGCCACCCCCCUUCCCCUCCCUCGCUGCAAGCACAGCGACCAGCACCCCUCCCGGCCCUGUACUACCAGAAUCAGCAGCAGCAGCAGCAGCAGCAGCGGCUGUAGUUGAUUCCCCCCAUGGGGUUCCAGACGCAGAGAAGGGCAUUCUCGGCAAGGGCUACGGUCCCCCUCUCACCCUGCCCAUGCCUGUGCCCAUGCCCGUGCCCAUGCCCGUGCCCAUGCCUUUGCCUGUGCAUCUGCCCGUUCCCCCUGGUGUGAGCGCCAUGCAGUGCGCGCCUGGGGGGUGGUCUGGGGUUGGUGCUGAUGCGGCAUGGCAUGCCAUGCCUGCUGGCAUGCCCAUGCACGGAGGGGGUCCAAUGGUCGUGCCAGGAGGGGGACCCAUGCCCAUGCCUCCUGUGCAUGGAGAAAUGUACAUGCCCAUGCAUGCGCCUGGUGCUGUAGGCAUGGGAGCAGGCAUGGGAGCAGGCAUGGGAACAGGCAUGGAGAUGGGUAUUGGGAUGGGGGCAGGGGGCGACGGAGGGCUCUGGCUAUGUAGCUGGGGAGGAGUGGGGGAUGAGUGGAGGGGUGGGCAGAGCGGAGAGUGUGGGUGUGGGGAAGGGAGGGAGGAGGAAGGAGAAGGAUGGGUGGUAGCGACAGCGUUGGGUGCUGGGGUUGGGAAGGAGUGCGGUGUGGAGGGGAGAGGAGGCAGAGGAGGAGGAGGAGGAAUAGGAGGAAACAGUGGUAAGAGAGGAGGGAGGGGGUUAGGAGGAGCAGGGUCGGCCACGUGUGCAGCAGCUGUCCACGUGUACUCCUUCGAGCAGCUCAAGCAGAUCGGGCUGCAGUCCGUCCAGUACCAGCGUGACACGUGGCGCACCAUGAAUGGCAGCACGCAGCUGGCUGUGGAAGAGCUCAUGAGGGACGUGGCAAGAGGGGGGGGAGGGGGAGGGGGCGGGGGAGGCGGAGGGGGAGGGGGAGGGGGAGGGGGCGGGGGAGGGGGAGGGGCAGGGGAGAAGGGGUGGGAUGGUCUGAAGGAGUGUGGAACGACCGGAACACAACACCGACCGCGUCAACAGGAGGAGCGGUGGGGGGGACAGUGGGGCAAGCAGGAGGGGGGAGAGCAGGAGGAGGAGUGGGAGGAGGAAGAGGAAGAAGAGGAGGAGGAGGUGCAGGCGAGGGCUCUGCCAGUGUAUGGAGAACCGGACUUCUCCAUUCCACACCCCCUUGACGGGCUCGAGUACUUGCGGCGUGUUAGGUGGGAGCGGGAGCAACUUUUGAGGCGACUCAGAAGUCAACUCUUUCCCCGCCUCCUCUCGAAUCCCUUCCUCUCUUCUCUGGUCCGCCCUGUGCAGGUGGGAGCAGGAGCGACUUUUGAGGCGACUCAGAAGUGGGAGCGGGAGCGACUUUUGAGGCGACUCAAAAGUCAACUCUUUCCUCGCCUCCUCUCGAAUCCCUUCCUCUCUUCUCUGGUCCGCCCUGUGCAGGUGGGAGCAGGAGCGACUUUUGAGGCGACUCAAAAGUGGGAGCGGGAGCGACUUUUGAGGCGACUCAAAAGUCAACUCUUUCCUCGCCUCCUCUCGAAUCCCUUCCUCUCUUCUCUGGUCCGCCCUGUGCAGGUGGGAGCAGGAGCGACUUUUGAGGCGACUCAAAAGUCAACUCUUUCCUCGCCUCCUCUCGAAUCCCUUCCUCUCUUCUCUGGUCCGCCCUGUGCAGGUGGGAGCGGGAGCGCGUGCCCAAGGUGGUUGUCGCAGCAGCCAAUGAGAAGCCGCCACCUGGCGGCAAUCCCACUAGCAGCACUGGCGACAGCACGAGCAGCAGCAGCGGUGCCCCAGUGGCCCUGUGAGUGCUGCAUGUGCCUGCCUGUCCCCGCCCUGUUGCUGCCGUCCCAUGAGUGGCGGCAGUACGUGCAAGGUGCAUUCGGGUACCUGCGCCAUGUGGGUGCCUUUCUGCUGCGCCAGUUAGAUGUUUCCCUGCCGCUCGAGGUGGGUGCUGCUGUGCAUGACGCCAGGUGGGUGGGUGCUGCUGUGCAUGGCAUGGUGCCAUGUGGGUGCUUCUGUGCAUGGCAUGGUGCCAUGCGGGUGCUGCUGUGCAUGGCAUGGUUCCAUGUGGGUGCUGCUGUACUGGCAGUGGGGGGAGGGGGUAUCAAACAGAAGGCGAAGAGGAGAGCGGGAAGGAAGGCGGGUGGUAAGGAUGAGGGAGAGGAUUGCAGAGAGGUGAACCAAGGGGAGGGAAGCGAGAGAGGAGAGAGUGAGGGGGGAGGGAGUGACGAGGAGGGAAGCAGAGAUGGGGAAGGGGAAGUGGAUGGGGAUGGUGAGGAGAAUGAUUCGAUUGCAGAGGAGGAGGGGGGUGCGUGGGAGGAGGACGUGGAUGGGGAGAGAGGGGAGGAUGAGGGAGUGGAGGAGGUUGGGGGUGGAGGAAGGGAGGAGGAGGUGGGUGGUGACAGAGGAGAGGAGGAGGUGAAGGGUGAAAAGGGAGAGGAAGAAAAGGAGGAUGGUGGGGAGGGGAAGCAGAGUGGUGCAGAAGGUACCGUAAAAAAAGAGCAAAAUUGA